AUGGAUAUCAAUACGAUGAAUUGUACUGGUGAUAAAAUACCCGGAGUGUCGUCUUCUCAGUCUUCAAAGAAUGUCAAAGAAGGCGUGACCAUGCGGGAAAAACGCGGCGGCGCGAUGAGCAAAAUGCAAAAGCUCAGAAAGCGCUUGUCUCUAAGCUUCGGUAGAUUAUCAACAAAAGACGAGUCAGAAGGUGAAGAAAAAUGCCGAGAUCGACAAUUUGGCGGUAGUGGUGCCCGCGGUAAACUACCCUACAAUGGAUACUCGGAAGAGUGUCUUGACCGGCUAGAACCCAAUGGAAACAUACCUCACGACAAGGAUUCACAUUAUGAUUGGAGUGGAGGCAACGGAGAGUAUCGAGUUAGAAGACAGCUCUCAGUAUCAUCAGACUCGAAGUUGUUAGACGAAGGAGCGAGAGAGGAAGCGAGGGUAAUCAUGAGGCCGAAGCGACCACCCAGGCCCAAGUCUGAAGCCUUUUUAGGACCACACGAAAAUUCAAAUAGACGUACCAAGAGAUUUAGUGCCUUUGGGGGUGACUCUCCGUUCGGGAAAUCCGAGGCGUACAUAAAACUGGAGCAACUCGGCGAGGGGUCAUACGCCACGGUCUACAAGGGUUAUAGCAAUUUAACGCAGCAAGUGGUCGCUCUCAAAGAGAUCAGACUGCAAGAGGAGGAGGGUGCGCCGUUCACAGCCAUCCGUGAAGCGUCUCUGCUGAAAGAAUUGAAGCACGCGAACAUAGUAACGUUACACGAUAUCGUGCACACGAGGGAGACGCUAACGUUCGUAUUCGAGUUCGUGGACACGGAUCUCUCGCAGUACAUGGAGAGGCACCCAGGUGGUCUCAAUCGUCAUAAUGUUAGGCUGUUCAUGUUCCAAUUGCUUCGGGGCUUGUCAUAUUGUCACCGAAGAAGAGUCUUACACAGGGAUGUAAAACCUCAGAACCUCUUAAUAAGUUCGCACGGGGAGCUGAAGCUCGCUGACUUCGGUCUGGCGCGGGCGAAGUCUGUCCCCAGCCAUACGUACUCGCACGAAGUGGUCACAUUAUGGUACAGACCGCCAGAUGUCCUCCUGGGCAGCACAGAGUACUCCACAUCGCUGGACAUGUGGGGCGUUGGCUGUAUCUUCGUCGAGAUGCUCUGUGGCGUGCCAACGUUUCCCGGAGUACGCGACACGAACGAUCAACUCGAUAAGAUAUUUAAGGUUCUCGGUACGCCAACUGAGGAAAGUUGGUCUGGCGUGACCCGUCUACCAGGGCUACGCUCGCACAUCGCGCGCUGGGGCUGGUGCGCGGCUCGGCCAUUGGCCGCGGCGUUUCCGCGCAUGCGCGACGCCGGACGGGAUGCGCAGAGGCUGGCCGCCGCCCUAUUACAGCCAGACCCGACGCGUCGUCUCUCCGCGCCUAGAGCGAUGCGCCACGAUUACUUCGCCGAACUAUCGCCUCGUCUCUCAGAUCUACCCGAUGAGGUGUCAAUAUUCACAGUGGAGGGCGUAAGUCUCCACCCCGAAGAAUAG